GUAAUUGUAGAAAAUAGUGUUAUAAUGAGUGUGUGUAGGACUUGCUUAUCUAAAGACAAUCUUAAUAACAUAUUUUCGGAUAAGAAUCUUAUAAGUUUACAUACACAAAACCUUUUUUUAGUUUGCGGCGUCAAGAUUGAGGAAAACGAUGGUUUGUCGCAGUUAAUGUGUAAUUCGUGUUCAAAUAUAGUUAACAGUGCAUUAAAACUAAGAGAAUUAAGUGCAAAAUCCGAAGAAAUACUCAAAAAAACUAUUAAAAUUGAAUCUGAACUAGAAAUUCAACCACAGCCAACAAAAAUCGACACCAAACACAAAAAUAAAAAGGAUAUGCAAAAUUCAAAUAAAGAACUGCAGAGAAAAAAUAAAAAUAGCCAGCGUGUGCAGCAAAAAGUUUGCACCAAAAGGAGUUUUGAUGCGAAAAAUGAUGAUGACUUUAAAGAUGAAUUUUCAGUCAGAAUUGAAGAUUUUGAGUCAAGUAAUGAUUCAGAUUUCAUGAAAAGCUUUUUAAUUGAUGAUUUAGAAUCUAUUAACAGUGAAAAUGAGCAAAAAGUAUGUAUAGAAGACUAUGAGUCGAGCGAUAGUGUUGAUGACGAUUUUAAAAAUAUUAUUAAAAAGGAUAAUAAAAUUGAUUGGGAUGUCAAAGAAAAAGGGUUAUUAGAGAAGGGGAGGAGGAAACUGUUGUGUAAGGAGCAAGAUGCUAAACUGUUGUCUUUAGCCGCAGCUCCUUACAACAGUGAGGGUCCCAUCAGAUGUACCUUAUGUAGUAAAGAGUUAAAGAAUUUGCAGAAUUUCAAAUGCCACGCCAAAACACAUUUUGAACCACAAAAUACUUGUGAGGACUGUGGCAGAAAGUUCGUCAACCCCAGUCAUAUGAGGUACCACCAGCAACGGGUCCAUGGUAAGACGAAACGGCUAGCCUGUUCCCAUUGCAGCUACAGAGCCGUGGAUCCUAUGGCUUUGAGGAACCAUAUACGCGCAGAACAUACAGGAGAAAGACCGUUUGUAUGUGAUGUAUGCGGUGAAAACUUUCGUAUGAGAGCUAACAUCGCCCAGCAUAUGAGAAUACACGGCGGAGUCAAAAACUUACAGUGUGAGCGCUGUCCUGCAAUGUUCCGAAGUCGGUCAGAACUGACUGGACAUCAGAAUAGAGUGCAUUAUAUGAUAUACACGUACCCAUGUUACUUGUGCACGGAAUCUUACAAAAAGCUGGAUUCUGUGAAAAAACAUCUUCUGAACAUACACGGGGUUCCCAGAGACCAACAGUUACCCAUUAAAUGUAUUAAAAGGCGCCGAAGAAGCUGUGACAAGAGUGAUUGAAACUGAAUGAAUAAGUAGCUACAUAUAAAUAAAAAGUUGGUUUCUGUGAAUAAUAAUUUGUGCAUUUAUUUGAUCUCUUAUAAAAAUACAGUCAUGUACUCAAAUAUAAAAUACUUUUUAUUUUUUUUGUUAACUAUGAAAAAAUGGCGAAAUAAAUUAUAUGUGGGUGUACAAAAAUA